AUUAUUUUCAUAAAUCAUAAUUUCCUCUGCUCAUACAUUUUGAAAUCAUUUAUUUUCCCCACUAUCAAUCGAUCGUCGACGUUAACCGUUUUUUUUCUGAUCGCCGGUAGGAAUUCGACGGCGAGAUUUUCGUUGAUUUCUGCAAAUUAAUUAAAUUCGUCGCCAUGAUGACGACAGCGCCAAAGCAGCAGCACUAUCACCGUCGUCAGCAACCAGAUCCGUACAACGCCGCCGGAAAAACGUGGAGAGGAUCACCGGCGACAUUCGGAAAACCUAAUUCUCAUAUGGUUUGGGUGCCGGCGGUUCCGAAAUGGGAGAAGGACUUCUGCCGGGAAGUUGGCCAAUUCGAGUGGCGCAAUUUCGUCGAAGCCAAAAACAACGCUCUAUCGUCGCUCGCCGUCAUCCGCUGGGAUGACUCCGCCGCCCGCGAUGCUUUCUUCGCCGCCAAAAAUAGCUAUUACGCGCGCCACCGCGGCGGCGGCGCCGAUCAAGCCACACCUCAAAACCCUAAUUUAUACAUCGACGAAAUCGUCUGGGAAGAGCCCCGCGGCGACGGCGACGGAGAUGAUGAAUUGUUGAGGUAUAGCGACGAGGAGGAGACAGACGAGGAGUGUAUUGCCGGAAAAUUUUGUGAGAUUCCGGUGGAGGAGAUUAAGCCCGUGGGAUGGGAUCCGCCGGCUCCCCGAUUUGCCCCCGGGUUUGAUCUUGAAGGGAUGGUGAUUGGACCCGAUUGAAGUGUAGGAGGGGCUGGGAGUUUGGGUCCCGGGCAGUGGAAUGAAUGCAGUCUACGAUGUAUCUGGAGUUAGGGGACAUGAACUACGAUGAUUGAUUAUUUUAUUGGAAUGAAACAAACUAAUCCUUCAG